AAAUCUCGUUUAUCUGGGGGUAUCGCAUAAGUGUGCAGCUUAUCAGUAUAAAUUGACGGUCAUCGAGGUAAUCGUUGGUUACCUCUGAUAAAAAAUUAUCUCCGGAGACGAUAACAUUUUGUGAUAAGUUCAACAUAAUGCCGUUACGAAUUUGAAUCAGUUGUAAUCAUGUCGCGUUCCAUGAAGAUCACCAUAUGGUAAAUCCAACUUCGCUCAGAUGGAACUCAGAAAAGAAAGUCGUAUGUGGUCAAGACUAUGCUGGACUGGGAUAAAGGUGGCAAGGCAGUGAAUGAAAUGAGGUACUUUCACAAGGAGCAGCAGAUGUACUCCACCUAUUUGCCGCAGUUUGAGAAAAUCUAUCGUGAGGCAGGACAUCCCGUGCAGCUGAUGCCGAAAUGCCUGGAAGUCGGAGAGAUAGAUGGAAAUAUAUAUUUUAUUUUUGAAGAUCUUUCGACUCGAAAUUUCGUGGCUGCAGAUCAAAUGAAAGGAGUGAAUGUGGAGCACAUGCGACUCUCACUUCGAAAAUUGGCCGAGCUGCAUGCCGCCAGUGUGAUAUACAAGGAGAGGUAUGGACCAUAUCAUACUGACUUUGAUAAUGGAUUUGCCAGAAAGGACAAAAUCGAGCAUAGUAUAAAAAGAUUCGAAGUAAAAGCUCCAGAAUACAAGGCAGCCAUGAAAACGUGGGGAAUAGAUGAGUGCUACCUUAAGAAUUUCCCCACUGCUGAGCAGUACGGCAAGCUCUGUUUGGAGUCCCUCAAUGUAGAUCCCCAGGACUUUAAUGUCCUCACACAUGGGGACUUUUCUCCAUCCAACAUUCUCUUCAAGUACGAUAAAAAUGGAGCACCAAGUGAGGCACUUAUACUGGACUUUCAAAUUUGCAAAUGGGCCAGUCCGACACAGGAUCUGCUUAUGCUGAUAAUCCUUUCGGCGGAAAAGGAUUGGGGCUAUAGCAAAUUCGAUAAUUUUGUGAGAAUCUACUGGGAAUACCUCACCGACUGCUUGAGAGUCUUGAUGUACGAGAAGCCGCUUCCGCAACUGAGGGAACUGCAAUCUGCUAUCUACAAGAAAAACAACACUUUCUCUGCAUUCUUUGCCGUGAUGAAUCAUUUGCCGGGGUUUUUGCUGCCAGUUUGCAAGGAAAAUAACCUGCAUACGUUUAAUUUAGAGGACGAGGUGGGCAGGAGUUUCCGUACCAAGGUGUACACCAAUCCCAUCUUUGUGGAAGUCGUCAAGGAGCUGUAUCCCAUUUGCUGCAACCGCGGACUCUUCAACUUCGAAGACUUCUAGUGAUCGCCAGUUUAUGCAUCCGCCAGUGAAGCUUUCAUUCGAACCUAUUAAGCAAAUUGUGUGCGAAUAUUGAUUCUGGAUUUAUCAAGUUUUCCACGGCGAAUGUCGGGGCCGCAACGCAAUUGAAGGUCGGGGACCAUGAAAUAGUUUUCCAACUAGUACGCCUGUAAAUAGAAAUAUGAUUCCAAAAAAUGUUAUCUUUCAACAAUUAACGCAUUGCAUUACUUGUUUUAGUAUAUUCAUAUGUACAUAUGUGCAUAUUUUACUCUUGAGAUAACAAAAAUGUUUGUCUACUUAUCACGUACUCACCGUAUCUACAUCAAAAUGCUGAUAAAAGCUAUUAAGCGAUAGACUAGUAAAAUAAUCUAGUCUUGAAGAGAUAAUAAUUAAUUUCUCAAGGUAACAUCACAAAUAAUUAUUAA